AUGAAUCCAUUUUUCGAGACCUCAGUUGAGGACUUGAAUUUAUCAGUGGAAGAGCAGAAAUCAUAUCCUCGUUGGUAUACUGAUUUGCUGGUUCGAAAAGGCAAGCAGUCUGUAGCAAUUGGAGACACGUUAUCUUUUGUAGACAAUUUUGGUUUAACAGAAGCCGACAAGCAUAAGAUUCUGUCUAUUUUUGGUGAUCCUCUUGUGACACUGGAACCUGCCCAAUUCUAUAUUUUUAUACGAUUGGCUAGCCAUAUUCUACAAGGAGAGAGCAUAAGUUCAUCACUCAUAUACAUACAAGCACCGGUUCCAAAACCCAAAAGCAUUCUGUCACGCAAGCGAAAAAAGGAUGUACAGAGUCCAAGCCUUGCAGGUACUACAGGUAGUAACAGUAUUUCCAAUGGCAGUGCUAAUGUUGGCAAUAAUCCAUUUAGAAGGGCACCUACGGUAGUAUCAGAAGAGUCAUCGGUUCACUCUAAGCCACAAAAACUUGAUAUUGAUUCGUUUACACAAUUUAUAUUGACUGGCUCUAUGCCAUCAAAGUCAACCCCAGAUUCUGGAGCUAAAUCAGAUUAUGAUUCUGAUGAUGCUGAUAGACCACCUCCCACGUCGAGACGAAAAAAGAGAGUCACUUUCAAUAAUGAUCCGCCACAAGUUGCUGAAGCUGCUGCUAGAAGUAUGGAAGAGUUGUUGCGUCAAAAGGGCCUUCAACGAGAGCAGCCAACCGCUGUCUACCAAGGAAGUUCAGGAUAUCCUGGUGGAGACUUGAAUUCGGGAUCUGGAAUGGGUUUCGGAGGUAGCAACGGAAGUUAUGACGAUUCAAGUCAAGGCCAAGAAGAGGAUGAACCUGAUGUUGAGAUAGAUAAUACGUUCAAGAAUGUUAACAUCGACAGUGUACUAUAUCAUGGUGUUUCCAAUGUAACCCCUGAGCAGGAACAUUUCACAUUUUCCGAUGUUAUAUCUCCUUCCCCGUCACCUCCUCCACCUGCGCUUUAUCAGAGCCACACCGGCAAUGGUGCUGCUGACAAUUCAAAACUUAGCAGCAUUGCCAGUAUGGCCGGGAUGAUGACUCCUAAUGGUGACCCAGUCUCGCGAUCUAGUCUAACUAGUAGCAUCGGGUCUGGGACUAGUCCCGCUAUUGGUCUGGGACUUGGUGCUGGAGUAGGAGGAGGGCCUGGAUCUGGAUCCGGAACCAAUUCGCCUAAUCAGCAAUCAUUUCCCAAUCACAGUCCUAUUCCUUUUCCAGCCGUUGGCAAUGGAUCGGAGGGAAAUUCCUCGGCGCCUCUUCCACCACCUCCGCCACCACCUCCUCCACCACGGCCGCGAAGUGACUCACGUCCCAAUGUAUCAUCAUCUCUUGCAUAUUCAUCAAUAACAGCUGGGAAUCACAAUAACAAUACCAAUGUAAAUAGUUAUCCACAAUCAUCGAAUGCUGGCCAUGCUUUAAAUCAUACAAUCUCAAACUCACAGGUGUCGAAUUUCCAUACUGGUAGCUCUUCAUCGCUUGUCAACCCUCCCACAGGACCAAGAUUGACAUCUCCGUUGAAUUCUAUGACCAACUCACCGUUUCCAUCGGCACCUGCCUCUAUAUCAUCUACCCCUACGCCUGCAUACAACCAGAUACCCGUCCCAAGUAUCCAAGUAAACCAGCAUCAAUAUCAGAAUCAACAACAACAGCAUCAUGACCAUUAUCAAGAGCAAACUUUACAACCACUCCAACCGCAACACACACGUUCUAGGCCGAUACCUCCACCUAUUCGUCCAAUGGCGACUGGUGGAGACAUUCCGGCUAUAGCACCACCUCCGCCUCAAUCUAGAAGAGUCGGUAGUAACAGUAGUAUCAAGAGCGUGAAUAGCAUCAACGGCAGCCUUAGCAAUGGGUUGAGUUUGCAACCACAAAACGGCCCACCCCCACAAUCUCUAUCAUCCAAUACUCUACAGGCAUUCCCAUCUCAUUUUGCCACUUCACCACCUCCCCCACCUGCAUCGUUUUCUGGCCAGUUUGUGCCACAUCCUGGUUCACCCGCGCCUUCACUGCCUCCAAGGCAACCCUCGCCCCUGUAUCAAGGUGGAUUAGCACCUCCACCUCCGCCUUCCCGUCGCAGAGCUCCUUCACUCCCUUCUCAGGCAGUACAGUAUAGAGCUUCUAACCCCCCUGGGUUCAGUACUCCUCCUCUGGGAGCUGGUGGCCCCAAUAGUUUUAUGCCUCACCGUGCUGCUCUGGGCCAGCAACAAACAGGAUAUACAUCUUCUGCACCAGACCUCUUGGCUGAUUUAAAGGCUCUCCAGGAUGAAGUAGAUCGCAUUAAUGCUCAGCGCUAG